CUCCAAUAAGUUCAUUUUCAUCAACUCUCCCUAUCUUCAGUUAAGCUUCCUUUUCGUCCAUAAAUUCAUCCACAUGCAAACGAAUGGUUGCUCUAUCUGCCUAAUCUCAUUCUCUGCAACUUUUCCUUUUUCUACUACCCUCUUUCACAUCUUCCGAGCCAUCACCUGCAGUGUCCAUUACAUCAUUAACACAUUAUCCACAUUCAACGACGAUUCCUCUGUCCUAAUGUUUUUGCUUUUCUUAUCGAUUUGGUCGCCGGAAGAACUUCGGCUGCCGUUGAUCCCACCCUCUCUCUCUCCAGUCCAUCUCUUUCUUUGAGUAUGUAAAAGGGUAGUUCUUGCUAGCUUGUUUCGUUGGUUCAAGAAACCAUGAAUUCCAAUGGAAUCAGCUUACGUUUCGUUACAUUUGCUUUUGUUUUUGUUUUUGUUCUUGUUCAAGUUCUAGAUCCUGCAUUGGCUCUCAACACAGAUGGGAUCCUUCUGCUUUCAUUCAAAGACUCUAUCCUCAGUGACCCAUUAUCAGUGCUUGAAAGCUGGAACUAUGAUGAUAUGACACCAUGCUCAUGGAAAGGAGUGAGCUGCACAGAAUUAGGCCUACCAGUUACACCAGAUAAGUUCAGGGUCACUAGCUUGACUCUCCCCGACAGUCAGCUUCUGGGUUCAAUUCCACCAGACCUGGGCUUAAUUCAACACCUCAGGCGUCUUGAUCUUUCCAACAAUUUCUUGAAUGGUUCACUGCCUAUUUCCUUUUUUAAUAACACUGAACUGCAAGUGAUUUCUCUUUCAGGCAAUGAGAUCUCUGGUGUGUUGCCUGAGUCUGUUGGUGGAAUGAGGAGUUUGCAGUUCUUGAAUCUUUCUGAUAAUGUGUUGGCUGGUAAACUGCCUAAGAAUUUGACUAGUCUGCAAAAUCUUACAGUUCUUUCUUUAAGAAGUAAUUACUUUUCAGGUUAUGUUCCAAGUGGGUUUAAUUCUGUUGAAGUGUUAGAUCUGUCUUCUAAUCUGCUGAAUGGAUCAUUACCUCUUGAUUUUGGUGGAAGUAAUUUGCAUUACUUGAAUCUCUCUUACAACAAGCUAUCUGGGCAAAUUUCACAGCCAUUUGCAGAGAAAAUUCCUCAGAAUGCAAGCAUUGAUCUCUCAUUCAACAACUUAACCGGAGCAAUCCCAGGAUCUGUAUCUUUGCUUAAUCAAAAAACAGAAUCUUUCAGAGGAAAUGUGGAUCUUUGUGGCAAACCAUUGAAGAAUCUUUGCUCAAUUCCUUCAACUCUCUCCACUCCACCAAAUAUUUCAGCCAUUUCACCAGCUAUUGCAGUCAUACCCAAACCACUAGAAUCAACCCCAGUGGCAAACUCGUCUGCAGGAAACCAAAAUACCACUAAACAAAAUCAAACCCAAAACGGUCUGAAACCAACCACCAUAGUCGCUAUCGCGGCGGCAGAUUUAGCCGGCAUAAGUGUUCUCGCGAUAACCAUUCUUUAUGCAUACCAUCUGAAAAAGAAGAAGAAGAAGAAGAAUAUCGACCAAAACGACCAACCCCAACCAAAGAGCAAGCAUAAACUCCCGUCAGAAACCAUAAUAUCAGAACUUGAUCAGCCGGUGGAAACAAGAAAACCCACAACGUGGUCAUGUCUAAAUAUCAAAGCAGAAGAAACAUCAGAAGAAGAAACAACUUCAGAUAGCGACCACGACGGCGGUAACCAGAAUGAAGUUAUCAACAUGAACCAGCACCGGCAGAAAGGAGGAAAGCUUGUGAUGGUGGACGGGGAGACUGAACUGGACAUGGAAACACUGCUAAAAGCAACAGCAUACACAUUAGGAGCUAGCGGAGCAACCAUAGUGUACAAGGCAGUGCUCGGAGAUGGUACUACGUUUGCGGUGAGAAGGAUAGGAGAAUGUGGUGUGGCGAGGUUCCGAGACUUUGAGAAUCAAGUGAGGCUCAUUGCCAAGUUACGGCAUCCCAAUUUGGUUAGGGUUCGCGGGAUUCACUGGGGAGACAAUGAGAAGCUUAUCAUCUAUGACUAUGUCUCCAAUGGCAGCCUUGCAAGCUCCAGUUACAGAAAACAUGGUUCAUCACCAUUUCAUCUACCUCUUGGAGUCCGAUUCAAGAUAGCAAGAGGGCUAGCUCGAGGACUAGCCUUCAUUCAUGACAAGAAAUACGUGCAUGGCAAUAUUAAACCAACAAACAUCCUUUUAAACUCCGACAUGGAUCCUAUAAUCUCCGAUUUUGGGCUAGUCAGGUUGGUCUCCAAUAACAACAAUAGCUGCAAAGCUAGCAACUCCGGUCGUAAUUUGGAUAGCCAAAAAUCCAUCUCCACCUCACAAGACCUCACUAUAACCUCCAGCCCCUAUGCAACCCCUAACUCCACAACUAGUAGUACAAUGCCAUAUCAAGCUCCCGAGUCCUUUAGAAACAUAAAGCCAAACCAUAAAUGGGAUGUGUAUUCAUUUGGUGUUAUUUUGCUUGAACUUCUCAUUGGUAGAGUACUUUUAGAGCGAGAAUUGUGCCAAUGGAGUGCCAUUUUAAUAGCAGAGAAAAAGAACCAAGUUUUGAGGUUGGUUGACGUGGCAAUCCGGGCUGACGUGGAGGCCAAGGAGGAUGCCGUAUUAUCAUGCUUAAAGCUAGGAUUUAGUUGUGCUAGUUUUGCCCCACAAAAGAGACCAACCAUGAGAGAAGCAGUUCAAGUUUUAGAGAAGAUCCCUUAGAAUGCAAUGUUUUGGAUAUCACUGUUGGAUUAAAGGGUAGAGCUUGGUUGCAUCUUUUUUGGAAUUGAAAUGGUGCAUUAGCAAAGAGAGGAAUGUGGAUAUCUUACAUGAGAUUGUGCAUGCUAAAUCCCUGGUUGAAUUUGAUUUAUUAAUCAACCUUCAUCUAAUUAGUUUUUAUAGAAUAUAUAUAAAAUAUCACACGAAUAACUCUCAUAA